GUGAGACGAAAGACCGCGGCUGGUCGACCACCUGUCGAGCGGCUUUUCUGGUAUAAGACGGACAAACCGCCAGGUUUGUCAAUAGUUCGUAUCAACGUCAACCCGAAGUUUAACUCUGCAAUCGCCUACGCUUAGCAGUUUCUUUGAUUAUACGGCAUCUUCUAUCAUGCAUUCGAGCGUCCCUGUCAUCUCAAUUCUUAGUGCAGUUGCUGCCGGUCAGAUAACUUGCCCUUCUGUUUGGACAGACGUUGCCACAGACUUGAAAGCACUCUUUGUAGACAGUGCUGGUGCUGCAACAGAUGAUGCUCGUGCAGCCAUCCGAACGACUUUCCAUGAUUGUUUCCCCGAAGCGUGCGAUGGAUCGCUCAUUCUUGCUAAUGAAUGCUCGGAUCGAGGAGAAAAUAGCCAGAUGGUGGAUAUCUGUAGCACACUAGGCGACAAGGCGACCGAAUAUAAUGUCAGUACGGCGGACAUCAUCCAACUUGGUGCCGCGCUUGGCGUUGCUGCUGCUCUUGGCCCUACCAUCUCUUUCAAAGUUGGUCGUGUGGACUCAAGCACUGCCAAUCCUACCGGGCAAUUGCCCGGUGCAAACUCUGACGCGGACACCAUAAUUUCCGAUUUUGAGGCCAAAGGCUUCACCGCAACCGAACUCAUCGCUUUAGUUGGAGCUCACAGCGCAGCCAAGAACCUUGCAGGCACAGCCCUGGAUUCCACAGUCGAUGCUUUGGAUACUAACUUCUACACGGAGACUGCCGACGGAACAGCACCAGCUAGCCUGCAGAGCGACAUUAACCUGAGCAACUCCAGCACUACCAGUGCAGAUUGGGCCUCAUUUAGCAGCAGUUUGAGUGACUGGGAAGCUGCCUUCGUGCCAGCAAUGGAAAAGAUGGGACUUCUUGGAGUUGAAGAGUCCACCCUGACCGACUGUUCGAGUGUAGUAACGGCUGCAUUUCCAAGAAGAAGAACUCGCGCCAUGCAGUUCGCAGGCGCAAGCAGACGGAGCCCUCAUGGGAUGGCUGCUGGAGCAUCCUGGAGGGCUCGCUACCACUCGUAAGAAAGCACGACAAGGGUGCUGUCGUGGGUCAGCCCUUCAACAGAGCAGACAACGGAGACAAAUGUAAAAUCUUUGUAUAAUACCAUGCAGUGUUUGGCGUUGGGAGGUCUUGCUCCUGGAAGCGACGCGACAUAGACGAUGAAGAAACGCGGGACGUCGGAUGCAGGAAAACACCACACUUGAAACAGAAUGCUAGCUCACUAA